UGACGUCACAGAGGCGGCGUUGACGGGCUUGGCAGGAUCUCCAUGCGAGCUUUUGCGUACUUUGAAAACGUACUUUAGUAUGUUGCAGGAAUGAGUAAUAUGGAUACAAUCUGUCGUCUUUGUGGAACAUCAGAAGGGCUGAAAUUAAAAAUUUUUGAUACUGAAAUGGAUCAUGUGUCUAAAAUUCACCAGUUAUUACCGAUAAUGGUUCAUGAAAGAGAUCCAUGGACUAAAUUAAUUUGCCAUAGGUGUGCGUACAAACUGCAGGAGUUUUAUGAUUUUCGAGAAUUGUGUGUGAAGACAGACACUUACUUGAAGAUACAAGUAUCAUGGGAACCCCAGACACCGGCCACUUCUGUUACCUCACAACAUGUACCUGUAAACCCAACAAAUGUGGAAAUCAAGCAAGAAAGACCAAAUAUGCCAUCAUCUACGUCACCACCCCCACCACUGCUGUCACCAGAGCUACCACUUACACUGCAGCCACUGCAACCACUACCUUCAACGCCACCAGUACCACCCAUUGUCAAGCUCAGUCAAGACAUCUCAGCAACAAAUCCAGUGCCCAAUAAUUUAUAUACUAAUGUACAUGCCGAAAAUUUGCAGCAUACUUCAGCAGCUUCUCCUGCAAACAUUGUAUUUCUUAACUCUGAGCAGGGUGAGUACUUCCUGCCAGAAGGGUCAGAGGCAGCAACCUCAGACACCAGCACAGAUGAUCAUGAUGCAGGGUUUCCUGAUUUAGGGGUAAGUGAGAAAAUGGCACCAGAUACAAAAACUGAAACAUCAAGAACUGAAUCAAGAAAACGUAACAACUCUUCAGGUAGUGUUCAGAAGUCAAAAAAAAGAAAGAAAACUCAAAAUCAUUUCAGAUCUCCUCAUAACAAUCAAGUUAAUGGUUUUAGAACUGUCAUGUCUGAAGAUUCCAAUAAAGAACGAAGCGCGGAAUAUCGUAAACCUGGGCCAAAGUGUCAUGUUAGGGCCCAGCAGGCAAGUAUAAGUGACAUGUUAAAUCUCAGAUCAGAAGCUAAAGAACCAGAACAGGAAAACAAAGUGAAGCACAAAUCUGGCCCAAAAUCCCAAGUUGCAGGCAACAAUGAUAAUUUAGAUAGUGAUAACUCUGAUGUUGAAUUUGUACUUUAUAAGCCUCCAAACUCAUUCUUAGAUGUAAUAGAUUUAACAGAUGCUGUUGAUAAGUCUGUAGAAGGAGAGAAUGGAAAUGACCCAAAGGAAGCACUUGUGCCACAUGUUGUAAUGACCAAAAUUCCUGGAAUGUGCAACAUUUACACAUGUUCUUUUUGUGAAGGUUCAUUUACUUCUGCAAGAAGUGCAAACAGGCAUAUGUGCAAGGUCAACAGACUUUUCUCAGUAUCACCCACAGAAGUGGAACUUGGGGGAAAAAACCCUGAGGAAAAGACACUAGGGGAAGAGGCCUCUAAGAACAAAGUACCAGAGGAAAUGACAUCUGAGGACAAGACAGAAGGGAAAGGCACCUCUGAGGGUCAGGCAGAAGGGCAAAAUACCACCGAAAAGAAUGUCCUUGAAUAUGCGAAAGGAAGCAGUGAUGGAAGCACUUUAAAUGAACAUACAUUUUCUGCAUCUUCUAAAUUAUUGUCUGAAUUACAGAGAGUAACAUCUGAAACAAAAAGUGCUGAAACUGGACAUAAAGAUAAUGGCAGUGAAGUUGACACUAGUUCAGCUAGUUCUGGAUCACAUAUAUGUGAUAUCUGUGGUGUUAGGUGCACCAGACUAGUAGCCUUGGCAUCACACAAAGACAGACACUUAUACUCAAUGAAUGAAUAUGAAGAAGACAGUUGUGACAAUGUAUUAUUUAAUGUUAGGAAGAAGAAGAAACGUACCCUAAAGACGGUGACAGAAAGUGAAUGAAUGUUUUAUCAGCUAUGCUGUUUUGUAAUUUGUUAAAUUUAUUGGACUGUCCUUGAUUACUAUUCAUAAAUUGUCUAAUGAAAAUUAUUAUUUAUAUUUAAAAAUUAUGUUAUGAAGUAGGCAAGAUAGACUAAAGCAUUGUUUUAUAU